GCAUCCUUGAUCAGGAUGAAGUUAUCGGGUCGGGAUCCAUGGUGCUGUGAUGAGUAGUGAUCCAGUUCCUAGUACCCCUAUUUAAGUUUUAAAUUAAACCAAUAAUCGCGUGUUUGUGGAAUCUUUGCCAAUGCAUUUUUAACAUAAUGGACUUUCCGCGUCUUUAAGUCAUGUGCGAUUCUUCUGUGAAAGGAAUAGGGUAUUUACAUUCUACAGAAAUUGAUCAACAUGGCUACCCACGACGGCGUCGAUGUGAUAGAACUAGCAGAAAGUACUUUUGCCAAAACUCGUAACAUGCGAAUCUCCGACGACGACAGUAGGGAUCAAGAGGAUGAGAGUGAGAGCGAAGAUGGAAAACAUGCACUACCUCCACUGGACAUAUCAACAGCAUCUGGUCAGAAUGGCUCAAGUGGUCCCAAGACUCCAACUUCUAUAUCAAGGCACAAAUCUGAAAAGGAGAAGAAAAUUGGUCACAGACGAGUUGGCCUUGGGGGAGAAAUCACAUAUAAAAAGAUUCAAACCACUCAAAUUAUGGGAUCCAUCCAACUGGGUAUUCAGCAUGCUGUUGGAGGAUUGGCAUCCAAACCAGAACGUGACCUGCUAAUGCAGGAUUUCAUGACUGUCGAAACAACCAACUUUCCACCUACUGGUUCUAACCUCACACCUGCACAUCACUAUAUUGAUUUUGUUUUCAAAACAUAUGCACCUAUUGCUUUUCGACAUUUCCGUGAUCUGUUUGGCAUUCAACCUGAUGAUUAUUUGAUUUCAAUGUGCAGUGCGCCAUUACGGGAAUUAUCAAAUCCUGGUGCCAGUGGUAGUAUAUUUUAUUUGACUGAAGAUGAUGAGUUCAUCAUCAAAACGGUUCAGCAUAAGGAGGGUGAAUUCCUUCAAAAGCUGCUCCCUGGGUACUAUAUGAAUUUGAACCAAAAUCCAAGGACACUCUUGCCAAAGUUUUUUGGAUUGUAUUGUUAUCAAUGCAAUGCAAAAAAUGUUCGCUUGAUAGCUAUGAACAACCUCCUGCCAUCUGGAGUAAAACUUCAUGAGAAAUAUGAUUUGAAAGGGUCAACCUACAAAAGAAAGGCCAACAAGUCAGAACGACAAAAAAAGUCUCCCACUUACAAAGAUUUAGAUUGGAUGGAACUUCAUCCAGAAGGCAUAUUCCUUGAAGCUGAUACAUAUAAUGCCUUGGUUAAAACAAUUCAAAGGGAUUGCCGGGUCUUAGAGAGUUUUAAAAUUAUGGAUUAUUCUCUACUCUUAGGAAUUCAUAACUUGGAUCAAGCUGCACGUGAAAAGGCGGAAAAGAGAUCACAAAUGAAUAGCAACUCUAGGCAGGAUGAUGUGGGAGAUGGUGCUGCUGCUGGUGGCUCAGGUGGCAAUGGAUCUGAUGAUGGUGGUGCUGCUGGGUGUAGCUCUGGGGCAGGAACUGCUCUAAAUAGAUCCCGCUCCAUCAACCGACAGAGGCUGGUGGCCCACUCCACUGCCAUGGAGAGUAUCCAGGCAGAAAGUGAACCUAUUGAUGAAGAGGAAGAUGUGCCACCUGGGGGCAUCCCUGCCCGCAAUGCAGCUGGGGAAAGACUCCUGUUGUUUAUUGGUAUUAUAGAUAUUCUUCAAAGUUACCGACUGAAGAAAAAGUUAGAACACACCUUUAAGUCAAUUCUCACAGAUGGGGAUACAGUAUCAGUUCAUCGUCCGAGUUUUUAUGCUGAACGGUUCCUGAGCUUCAUGUCCAAAACAGUUUUUAAGAAAAUACCCUCACUGGACCUGCCUGAAAUUAAAGGCAAUCAUCGCAAAUUCCGAACUCUCGUCACGAGCUAUAUAGCUCUAAAGCAUUCACCUUCAAAGCGCAAGAGUUUAUCACGACCCAUGCGCGCAUUGGAAUCUGAAAUGGAUAUGCCAGGCUCUCAGUCAGCUGCUUCUCCUAGUAAACCCGCGAGCCCCGAUGCCCAGCCCGCUGCUGCCGCCUCCACCAGCACGGCGGACAAGAAGGCCCCCACCUUGCCCAGUGGCAUGCACACUGGCCCGAAGGGGCCCCACGGGCCCCACGGCGCGCCGCCCUCCUACCCUGCCGUGCUCAAGGGCAAGGGCCAGGGACCAGGACAGGGCAGGCAGCGUCCCCCGCCCGGGCAGAGAGGCGCCCCGCCACCAGUGCCACCUAGGGGCUCCCCCCGGGCCCCCAACAAAGCCCUGGGCAACCAAGGAGACGCCGGCUCAAGAGGUGGCUUGAGUUUCCCUCCCUGCUCUACUCCUCCCCCGGCGUUCGAAGACGCCAUCCGAGGCGACUACGUGAUGGACACCAACAGCAGCACCAACACACCCUUACGCCACAGGGUCAGCGGGGUCCAUGCACGCCAUGCAUACCGAGAAGAAGCAGUGAGUAUUUCAGAAAUAAGACUGGAAUCUCGUCCUGACAACAAGUCAACUCUUAGUGUGGAAUCUGGAAGUUCAACUUCUGGAUUUGGGUCAAGUGGUGCCCGAGGCCACCUGACUUGGACUCCUCCUGCUUCCGUUGAGGGUUCAACCCCGACAUGGACUGAGGGUACUCCUAGUUUUACCGAGUCAUCCAGCAGUGGCGAUAUUGGUUGUCCCACUACUCCUGUUCGGAGUUCACAUGGACGUGAAAGAGCUGCUGCUAGAGCAGCCGCUGUUGCAGCUGCCCAAGAACGACUAGCUGGCCAAGCAGAGAUUGAAGUGGUUGCUUCUCAAGGAGGAAAGCAGCGCUGAAGUUCAUUUCAUUUAUCAACCACAAAAAAAGAUUCUUCAGCAAUAAUUCUGACGCUGGUUCGCAGCAUUUAUAAGUUACGACUUGUUUUGUAAGAACUGUUCUCAUUUUGAUGUUGACUAGGCUCACUGUGUAAGUUAUGUAUCACAGAAAACAUAACACUCUCCUGUUGGUUCAGUGUUUCACUUCAUUUUGUAAUCAUGCUCUCAUUUUACAUGAUUUCCAAAGAAGAAAAAAAUACCACUGCCUUUCUUGGCUAUUGUCUAAUACCAUUUGUAGUAUAUAAAUUUGCUAUUAUGGUGAGAUUCUGUGAAUGCAAGAGUAAUGUAGGCAUAGCAGGCAAAAUUAUGUGGCACAUCUGGUAUCAGUGAGCUAGCUCUUAGGUUGAAAACUGCCAUUUUAUGUCUUGUGGAAAACUGUCCUUCUUGGAAGGUCAUGUGUGUUGAUAUUUUAAUUUAUUGACAGGCUGCAAGAACUGCUUCUACCUUUUUAUGAUUUUAAUUUUCAGUGUACAUGUAUUAGCUUAAUUUUAGUAAUGACUUCAGGAGGCAUGGAUGAGCACAUACAUUGCUUGGCAGGUUUCUGUUCUUCCUCAACAAGUGUCUAGAUAUGGUCACUGCAGUUUUGCUUUACCAUUUUUUCUCAUUUGUUUUCAAAAUGUUCCAUAUAGCUGUUCCCAAGAACAGUUUUGACCUUGCGAUCUUUGACACCUAUUUACAUACUUCUUGCACAGAGGUCUCAAUAACCUUUUUAUUUCAAUUGUUUUGCAAUGCUUUAUUGCACAGCUUAAAGGAAUUUGUUUGACCCUUGUACCCAAUUAUUAUCUUCUUUGCACUAAACUAUUUUCUGGGCCAAAAGUGAAAUCCCUGCUAAAUUUAUAAGUACGCCCUGAUAUUUUGUGAAGUCUUUUAAAAUAUUAUGUUUUAAUCUGUCUCUGGUAAGGCUUUUUUUCCUUUUGCAUUUUGUGCCAAAUUUGUUGCUUUUCUUUCUCCUAGUAUCAGACUUCAGCAUUUUAUCACCAUGCUCUUUCUAGCCAUAUCUUGCCUUGACACGAUGUGUGAACUGAAAACUGCCCAAAUGCACUGAUUUUGGUAAAUACCCUGAGUAAAACUAUUUCUUGACUAGGUCUUAGUCAUAUUUUGAAACAAUUGUUUCAUCCAUACAAGCUUUUUCAUUGCAAGCGUGUCCUGUAUGGAGUUUGCACUCUAUUAUUUCAAUUUUAUUGAGUCAUAGUUUAAGCAAUUAAUAAAAAGCUGUUUUCUGCUGACAAUAAAAAAGAGUAAUAAAAAUAGGGUACAUGUAGUAGUAGUAGUCAAUUGGAAGAUCAAAAUUCACUUUGGAACACAAACCGGAGAGUGAAGAAAAUUUUUUACUCAGGUCCUGUCAGUUCUAUGCAUCUUUUCACUGAACCUUUUCCUUAUGUUUGUUGGAGACAAAGAAAGAUGGAUGUUCAAUUAGUUAUUAUUUUUUUGUGAUCCUAUUUUCAAAUAAUGUUCAUGAUAAUUAGACAAUCUGUCAACAAAUAAGUAUUACAUGCACAUGACUGUCCAUAGUCAUACUAACAAUAGCUUUCACCUUCAAAUCAGUAUUACAAAGUUUGCUUGCCUGUGAAGUUCCAUGAUAGUAGUUUAUUUUUACUUUGUAGUUCAAUUGAAAACGGUAAGCCAUCUGUCUUUUCGCCUUGAUCUAAAGUUGGAUUGGAACUGUUUAUUUCCAAUGCUUCUGGUUCUGUUUAGAACAUGUUUUGUUUGAGCUGCCACAAUUUGGCUCUAUCUUUAUCAAGUAUUUUAUGUCUGAGCAAACUAUUGAUUUUUAUUUGUCUGUAGUUGAAACAUUCCUUUAGGCUCCAUUAUGUAAGCUGUUGUAGGAGACAUGCCAUUUUUUUUGGAAAGGGCAGUGUCAAAGGCUGUGAUGAACUUUGUUGUUAUUUCAUAAAUCAACUUUCAUCAUUAACAACACUGCAAUAACACCGCCCUCAAGUUUGUUUGUAACUUCUAUAUUUGUUCAAACAAUGUGUGGCGGUGCUCUUCUAAUUAAAUAUAUUUUAUGUUAGUUAAAGGUAUAGAAUUAUUUUACUCUGAGGCUGUAUUACAUUCAUUGUAUUGGUCCAAUUAGAUCUUUUUUUUUUAAAUUGUGUUUUAAUUUUUCUUAGUUUUCAUCAUUGGGUGGGAUGUAACUCGUUAUUUAGAUGAUUGUUUUGUUAAUCGUUGCUAUUUUAAACUGCUCAUGUUAUUUUUGCUUGCUAUCAUUGAUUUGACUUUUUAUGCUCUUGUGCUUUUGGGCAAUGAUAUACUAGAGAUGAACAGGGUUGUCAAAUGAAAUUUUACUAUUGUAGAACAUGGAAUAGUUAAAAUCUCUUGGUGAGAUUUGUGCUCAUAGCUCCAUUUCCUGUCCCUGAUGUACUCAGAAACUCAAACUCUCAUCUACAUGUUUUUGAUGAUGGAUUGCCUGUAAAUGGGGCUGGUGUGUACACACCCAACAAUAACAAACCAGUGGCAAAUAACAGCUAAGUGGAUCCUGAUAAAUAAAUUGUUUAAAAGUGUUCAUCCAGAGAAGAGAAAUCAUUUGCUCUAAUUUAAAUGCUCAGCAUCCAUAUCAACCAUUUUAAUUGUUUUUCAAUCAUAGGAAUUAGCCUGGUCUUCAUCAAUAGCACAUGUUUAUGACUUUCUCAAAUUUUCACUUGAUGGAAUAAUUGAAGAUCCAUUCAAAGGUUUACCAACUUUUCUGUUAUCUUGUUAGUGUUUUGUUUUUUAGCUGACGAAAAAGUCAAGACUUCAAGGGCCAGAAGCAUUUUAACCUUCUGGAUGCUUUUGGCCUGUUUUCUUAAUGUCUGUCACAUUUGUUGUGUAUGAGCAAGAGAGCAGUCUUGUCACAUGCAGCUUUGCUUGAUUGUAUUUAUCUACAAUGACACGUUCUUUCCUGACAGCUGUAAUCCCUGUUUAUUAGUAAUUCAUGCAAUGCUGUCUUGACUGUGUGACAAAAUCUUCAGUAUAAUCUGAGCUUUUCUGUUGAGUGCUUCUGAGUAUAUCUCUUUCUGCUUUCAUUAUAUUUUGUGGAACUUUGUUCAGCGUUUACUAUGUACAGACGUUUAAUGUGGUGUUCACUUAGUUAUAGCAGUUUCUCUAUUAAUAUCUUAUAAUAGUUAUACCAGAUCUAUCCAACUUAUUGCAGAGGAGAUUCAAGGUUUGGAGAAGAUACUAAGUUCAGAAAUAUUUCAAUAUGAAGUAUCUAGAACAUUCUGUUAAUGCAUUGUAAAUCCGCUUAUUAUUACAUAAGGUUGGUGUUUAGUCCGUUUCUUGAGAUUAUAUUCAUUACCAUUACAUGUUUGUUUAGGCUGAUUGGAAGGGAUGCACCAUCUGAUGAGCAGCUGCUCAUAUUCCUGUUAUUCCUUUGUGUGCAGCCCAUGCCUAUUAACGUUCCCUCCUGCUACCUAAUGUUCAAACUUUUUCCUGUAUUCACUUUUUUAACUUGAUGUUAGUCAACGCAAGAUUCUGUACAAAUUUUCCUGUAAAGUAUGAACAUAUUAACAUUUCUAUUUGCAUGUAAAUCAGAGUUUCAGGAAACCUGUUUUUCUCUGAACUACGGUUUUAACAUUGGAAUUAUUGUUCAAAUUAUGAUGUGUUCAGCAUUACAGUGCAACCUGCUUACAAUGUACUAGCCCAGGACCGCGAAGUUCCUUUGUUGUUAUGGAGACUACCGGUACGUUAUUACCGGGUCGAAUUUAUGUGCUGAAGUUUGCCACGGGACCCGGCAAUCCAGAAAUCAUUGCGUUGUAUCGGGGAUUUCGUUAGUUCCGUUGCACCUUGUAAGCGAGUUCCACCAUUUUGCUAUGGGGGAAGGAAUGUUAAGUUGGUUGUGUUGUUUAUACAUUGGUACCUUCCAAAGAGCUAUGUUGCCUAAUGAAAUUUUACUAUGCUUUAGUGUACUGCCAAGUAACUCUUAAGUGAUUGCCCGCUGCUGUCAUGUAUGCAUCGAUUUUGAAUCUCUUUCACACAUACACACACGUUUUCCUUAUGUCUCUCCUCAUGCCUUUCUUUCAUGCCAAAUUCAAAUUUUGUAUGAUUCUUGAGAUUUUUUUUUUUAAACUGCAAGUACUAGCAGACUCUGUCUGCAGAUGGUUGAGUCGCAGCCAUCGUACGUUUGAAAAUCUAAGUUGUCAUGGAAAGACGUGUAAGGUGUGAGGGUUGAUGAAUUAAGCAUCUCGCUUUAUUGUUUGUAGUUUAGAAAUGUGAUCAAUGUGAUCAGAUAACUCCAAAUAUGAAUGUUUUUUCUUUUCUCUCAUAUAAACAUAUAUAAAUAUUUAUUUGGUGUUGAAUUAUGAUGUGAUGUCUUGUGUACUUAUAUUUAUACUGUAUAUAUCCACUAGCUUCCAAUGGCCUUUUGCAAAGAAGUUCUCACUUUCUUUUAUUUUAUUUUUUUGAAUUGGGGUUGUGGGUAGGGAGUGGUUCUACAGAAAAAAGAUAUGAUUCAAGCAUCCUCAAAGAAAUGUUCCUGUUAUCGAAUAGGAUGUACCUAUGUUAGCUUUUUUUAAAGCACAAGGUAGCUUCUACAAGUAAGAAGUUGACUUUAAUUUUUGAGUCCUUUUUCUGUUGUAACAGUUUCUGGCAAUAAAUCGUAGCAUGGAACAGGAUAUAUUAAUUUUUCUGGGUAAAUAUGAGUGAAUUUAUAUGUAAAGAACACCUGUUCAUCAUCAUUAUCAUUAUAAUAAUUUUCAUUUUGCCUUGAGGCGAAUGUAACUUUACAGUGAAUUUCUUCUGUUUUACCUUGUUUGGCAGAGGGGUGCAUGAGUUAAUUUGUUUUAUGGCAAGAGAGAUGCAUCAAAAUGGGAUGUAAAAUAGUGCUGAGUAUGUGUAUUAUUAUGCUUGAAAUGGACUUCUGCAAUGACAUCACAGUCUCAGUUUAUUGUGAUCUGUAUCAUGUUAAAACUGCAUAUCAGGACGUAAAAAAUUGUUGUGCAUUAGUCAUAUUUCAGUGUCUUUUUAUGUACAUAACUAUUCAUUUAUAAAAAGGCAACUAUGUAUUUAUGGACAUUUUAACCAAAUGUAGCAUUUAAAGAUGACUGAACCUAGCUCUGUUCCUUUUUAUUGUUAAGGUCAAUGUUAUUAAGGCUUUGAAAUGUUAUAAACAUUUGUUAUGUUAUUUUACAAUGUUCAUGGAUUGCAAUUAUUGAAUUAAAUAGAUACACAUGCAACCGUUCA